CGACAAAAGAAAAGUCCCACCCAAUUGCACAUGUCUCGGAGCUUUGUCUCCUACAUGAAUUUUUACAAUGUUUCUAUUCCUUAACACAACUUCAAAUGUCUCUGGCUCGACGAAUUCACUGGAAUCACUUUUCCAGGUUCAGCCAGUUGGUAGAAAAGUCAGAGUCUGGCUUUUCCACCGUGAAGGAAGAUGAACAUAAUAUCAAUCAUGACAGCUGCUGAAAGAACUUAAUAAUAGUUUUGCUUUGCUUUGUUUUGGAAAAAAAAAAACCAUGGGGUCGUCUAGCCCGAUCAGCGCCGAGACGGCUCUCGCUCAAGCCAUAUCGACCAUCGCGAAUACCUCAACGGCCACUGUUGCUUCAGCUGUAACACGCGCAGGCGAUGUCGCACAUAGUCAAGGCUCUUCGUCAUGGCUUGGACUCAUCGCCAGAUUCGUUCUUUUCAUACUUCACGUACUAUCGACAAUACUAUACUGGAGUCUCAAGCUCACAACGAUAUCUGUGCCCACCCUUCUCUUCACGCUGUUCUCUACAAGCCUGACAGUAACAAUGAACGCCACUACCCUAGCAUUAAUCGUACUCCUCAUGUUCUCUGCAGUCACCUGGGUGGUAAGAUAUCGGUAUUUGAACAUGUACUCUCGCCUCCCCCCGGAGCCACAACGCAAAGAGCCCGAACUAGAUCUUUUCCCGGAAACCCACGAGGAAGGCGCCAAACCUGGUCUCACCAAUUAUCUGGACGAGUUCCUCAGUGCCAUAAAAAUAUUCGGCUAUCUCGAGCGCCCCGUUUUCCAUGAGUUGACUAGGAGCAUGCAGACUAGAAAGUUAAUCGCUGGUGAGACGCUAAACCUGGAGGAUGAGAAGGGAUUUUGUCUGGUUGUGGAUGGGCUUGUCGAGAUCUUUGUCAAGUCCUCUAAUCCGAACCAAACAUCUCAGCCUGCACCAUACGAACACUCCAUACCAUCCUCCUUCUCUGACGAUGAUGAGCAAUCUCUUCCGGGUCAACAACGAUAUCAGUUGUUGACCGAGGUUCGCAAUGGCAAUCCCAUGUCGUCUCUUUUCUCCAUCAUGUCCUUGUUUACAGAAGACGUGAAGCUCAAGUUACCUUCUGAAGAUCUUGCAGAAUCUGGUGGUGCCAGUGAACACUCUAGUCAUCAACACAUGUCUACCACUAGCUUCAUGAGCCAAGAUGAUGGUUCAACUUUCACAAAUGAGGUUUCACCAACCAUGGCCGAUGGCUCUGGAAUGCCAACUCCAGCAUUUCCUAGUCAGACCACAUUGCCCAAGAUUCCUCCCAUUUCUCUGGAUGAGCCUGCUGUACCCCAAAGCGCCCGUCGCCCUGCCCCGAAGAGAACGGCCACAUCUGUCCAUCCUGAUAUCAUUGCAAGAGCAACGGUUGAUACAACCAUUGCAAUCAUACCUGCUAGUGCAUUCCGCCGACUGAUCCGAGUUUAUCCCAAGGCGACUGCUCAUAUCGUCCAUGUCAUAUUGUCUAGAUUUCAACGCGUUACCCUUGCCACAGCGUACAAUUAUCUUGGGUUGACCAAUGAGGUUCUACACACGGAAAAGAACAUGAUCCAUUACACCACUUGCCAACUACCGAACAUCCUCCGAGGCGAUGCCUUAGAACGUCUCAAGGAGAAGUUCAAGCAGGAGAGGGAGAGGGCUGGUGAGGAGGAAAGUGGCAAGGGAAUUGCUCUGCACAACCCAUUAACGUCAGGUCGUCGCCGCCGUCGGUCUUCCACGAGCCUGCGUAAGGAAGCAGCUCUACAAGCCAUGAGUCGUGCUCGACCUCAAUCUGUAGUAGCAUCUACCAUUGUGCCCCCGCAAGAGCGCCUUUCGAUCCAUACUCCUAGUCCUGGAGAUCUAUUGGCCAAUGUCCAAAUAACACAUGGCGGAGGAGCAGGAUCACCUGGUACACUUGAGAUCCCCAUAACGCAACACUUCCAUUCCUCCGAUAUGUUUCGAGCUACCAGUCCGUUAGCUCAGCGUAACAUGGAUCCAUUUUCAAGACAGAAACGAGCUCGAUUAUCAAUUGAUCCUCGCGAAGCCGUGGACGAGGACAACUUAUUCAGAGUUUCUGUGUUUGAAUGCGUUUUCAAGGCCUUGGGCAUGAGCAGCAGUGGAUCAUCAUCCAGAGGGCCGGGUUCGACAGAAGGAUCUCCAAGGCUAGUUUCUUAUGAUCAAAGAAGACACAAGGCCGUAUUUAGUAACAACGCUUUUGGAUUCAUGGAUCCAUUCGAUGGGGCAACUGAUUGGGAUGCCGAAUCCAUGACCUCUGGUGGCAUUUCGAUGACUGGUACACCCAAUGUACAGUAUCUGGCCUCGGAGAUGAAACAUGAAGUGGAAAUUGUUUUCUUCCGCCAAGGAUCCGUCUUAGUUGAACAAGGAGAGCGAAGCCCUGGACUGUACUAUGUCAUCGAUGGGUUCCUCGAUAUCUGCGUCCCUUCAGAUGGCUCUGGAAGCAACAUCCUCAGCUCGUCAAGCAGAACGUCCGUGACUGCAAUGCACAGAGCGGAAACGCAAGAAGCCACCCGGCGCCCGUCAUCUUUUGCCCCAUCCAAGAAUACCGAAGCCAAUAAAAGCGUCAAGACAGAGCGUCGUCGCGUAGGACUAGUCAAACCAGGCGGCCUUGCAGGCUAUAUCGGUACAGUCUCAUCAUACAGGUCCUUUAUCGACGUAGUUGCAAAGACGGAUGCAUAUGUUGGUUUCAUCCCGCGAGCGACUGUCGAGAAGAUUGUAGAGAGAUAUCCAAUCGUCCUUCUAACCAUGGCAAAGAGAUUGACCCAUUUGCUUCCGAGGCUCAUACUUCACAUCGACUUUGCUCUCGAAUGGGUCCAAGUUAAUGCAGGACAGGUUCUUUAUAACAAAGAUGAAGAGAGCGAGGCUAUUUAUGUUGUGCUGAAUGGCAGGUUGCGACUUGUAGAAGAUCGUAAAGAUGGUGGGAUGAAUGUUCGCGCCGAGUUCGGCCAGGGUGAUAGUGUUGGCGAGCUAGAGGUUAUGACCGAGUCUGCUCGUUCUGGAACGCUACAUGCUAUUCGUGUCACGGAACUUGUCAAGUUUCCUCGCACCCUGUUCAACAGCCUCGCUCAGGAGCACCCUAAUAUCACCAUUAAGAUCUCAAAGAUCAUCGCUUCUCGUAUGCGACUCUUGGUGGACGAUCCGUCUAACCCCACCGGUAAAGAUGCUACAGCAGGUACAUCUAUUAACAAGAUCUCGUCGACACUCAACAUCAGAACAGUUGCUAUCCUUCCAGUUCGAUCUGGCAUUCCGGUUGUUGAGUUUGGUAAUCGUUUGAUGAAUGCUCUAGCACAAGUUGGCACGCCAAACGGAGCCACGUCACUGAACCAAGCCGCCAUUCUCAGUCAUCUCGGUAGGCAUGCAUUCAAUAAAAUGGGGACACUGAAGUUGUCUCAUUAUCUUGCCGACCUAGAGGAGAAGUAUGGACUGGUUAUUUACGUCGCUGAUACGAGUGUGACUUCACCCUGGACCCAAACUUGCAUCACACAAGCAGACUGUAUUCUCCUCGUAGGACUUGCCGAAGGGUCUCCUGAGAUUGGUGAAUACGAACGAUUCAUGCUUGGUAUGAAGUCGACAGCCCGCAAGACACUGGUUCUCCUCCAUACAGAUCGAUAUUCUCCUCCUGGCCUAACAAGGGCCUGGCUAAGAAAUCGCGUUUGGAUCAAUGGCGGCCAUCAUCAUCUUCAGAUGGUAUUUGAAGCGAACGACGUAACUGCGCAUCCGCCGCCGAGGAAAGCUGGGCCUACUUUGAAGGAGCGUGUGCAGAUCCUACAAGCUGAGAUACAAAGGUAUACUGUUCAGAAGAUCCGCCAGAGGCCUUAUUAUUCACCUGAGGCGCCCUACAAGGGUGAUUUUCAAAGACUAGCGAGAAGACUAUGCGGCAAAUCGAUUGGUCUUGUGCUUGGUGGGGGCGGCGCCCGAGGAAUCGCACAAGUUGGCAUCAUCAAGGCCAUGGAAGAAGCAGGUAUUCCCAUUGAUAUAGUUGGCGGCACAUCGAUCGGCUCUUUUAUAGGAGCACUGUAUGCACGCCAUGCUGAUGUAGUUCCUAUGUUCGGUCUGGCUAAGAAGUUUGCCGGAAGAAUGGCCAGCAUGUGGCGCUUUGCACUAGAUUUGACAUAUCCGUCUGCGUCGUACACGACCGGGCACGAGUUCAACCGUGGCAUUUUCAAAACAUUUGGCAAGCACCAGAUUGAAGACUUUUGGUUGGAAUACUACUGCAACACUACAAACAUUAGUAAGAGCAGGCCCGAAAUCCACACGAGUGGAUAUGCAUGGCGGUACGUGCGAGCGUCGAUGUCCUUGGCAGGUCUGCUUCCGCCGUUGUGCGACGAGGGUAGCAUGUUGUUGGAUGGUGGAUACGUCGAUAACCUUACUGUGUCGCAUAUGAAAUCCCUUGGAGCCUCGGUCAUUUUUGCGAUUGACGUGGGAGCGCUGGAUGAUGAUACACCGCAAAGCUACGGAGAUUCGCUCUCGGGCUUUUGGGCCUUUUUCAACCGGUGGAAUCCCUUUUCAAAUAUUCCAAAUCCUCCAACAUUGGCGGAGAUUCAAGCUCGGUUGGCAUACGUAUCUAGCGUGGACGCUCUAGAACGAGCAAAGGCGAUACCAGGAUGUAUUUAUAUGCGUCCACCCAUCGAUGAUUAUGGAACUCUAGAUUUUGGCAAGUUCGAUGAAAUCUACGCAUUGGGAUUCAAAUAUGGAAAGGAAUUUCUCAAUCGUCUAAAGGAAGAAGGUGUGGUCCCGUUAGUGGAAGAAACGGAGGCAAAGAAGGCAUUACGGAGGACGAUGGCGCCCAGACGCGCCAGUAUAUAAUAACUAUACCUUAUAAUAAAGAGCUCAUAAUAAAUUAUUCAUAAUAUGGAGAUAUCAAUACCC